AUUUCUUAGCCCGGCCUCCCCCAGCCAUUCAGUCUUCUUUUUCUCCCCCACAGGGUUUCGCAGCAGGUGCCGCUAGCAGAUCGGUAGUUUCCAGGCUUGGGGGAGCAUGGAUGUCAUCCUCAGGUUGUAGCUGAGAAGCAACCAGAAUGCCCCCUAGUAUUUAUUGCCCACCGGAAUUUUGGUCCAAAGAAGCAAACCGGAACAUUCAAGUGGACAUCCUCUUACCCACUGGGAUCUACUUGACCCUAACUCUUUCCUGCAGUGCUAGUCUCGGCACCAUCAAACAGGUGGUCUGGGAUCAUGCCCAAUAUGAGCCACUCUUCCACAUGCUCAGCGACCCGGACGCCUACGUCUUCACGUGCAUCAACCAGACGGCUGAGCGGCAGGAACUGGAGGACGAACAGAGGCGCCUCUGUGACAUCCAGCCUUUCCUGCCGGUCUUGCGACUCGUGGCCCGGGAGGGCGACCGGGUGAAGAAGCUGAUCAACUCUCAGAUCAGCCUCCUCAUUGGCAAAGGUCUGCACGAGUUCGACUCCCUGGGUGACUCGGAAGUGGAUGGCUUCCGAGCCAAAAUGCAGCAGUUCUGCGAAGAGAGGGAAGCCAAGCAGCGGCAGCUGAACUGGAAAGCGUGGAUGGAGUAUAGUUUCCCCGUGCAACUCGAACCCAUGGCCCACGGGCUGGGGAGGAGUUCCCUUCACAUACCCAACAAGAACCUUUUCGUCAAUGUGAAAUUUGAGGCCGGAGGGGAAAGCUUCACCUUUCAAAUUGCUCCGAAAGAAUGUCCUCUUACGCUAAUGAGUUACGCCGUUAAGAAGCAAGCCACUGUCUUCCGACGCCAACGAGUGAGCAGUCCGGAGGAAUACACCCUACAGGUCAACGGGAAAUGUGAAUAUCUCUAUGGCAACUAUCCGUUUUACCAGUUCCAGUACAUCCAGGACUGUCUGCAUCACGGCCGGGUGCCCCACCUCACCAUGGUCCACUCAUCUUCCAUCCUGGCUAUGCGGGAAGAACAAACCAAUGGGAUUACUCAGCCGCCAAAAGCGGCCAGCAAACCUCCUCCAGUCCCUAAGAAAAAGCCAACAUCUGUGUCUCUGUGGUCACUCGAGCAACCCUAUUACAUCGACUUGGUUCAAGGCAGCAAAGUAAAUGCCGACGAGAGGAUGAAGCUGGUGGUCCAGGCAGGACUAUACCAUGGCCAUGAAAUGCUUUGCAAAAUGGUGUCUAGCACUGAAGUCAACGUGUGCUCGGAGCCCAUGUGGGGGCAGAGACUCGAGUUCGAGAUCAACGUCUGCGAUGUGCCCCGUAUGGCGCGGCUCUGCCUUGCCCUCUACUCAGUUGUUGAGAGGGCCAAGAAAGCCAGAUCCACCAAAAAGAAAUCUAAGAAAGCUGACUGCCCAAUCGCCUGGGUGAACGUUAUGCUCUUUGACUAUCAAGACCAGCUGAAAACUGGGGAGUGUUGCUUGCCUAUGUGGUCGUCCUUUCCAGAUGAUAAAGGAGAGCUGUUAAACCCCAUGGGCACCGUCCAGACCAACCCCAAUACAGAAAGUGCUGCAGCCCUAGUCAUCCAUUUCCCUGAGAUUUCGUUGUACCCAGUUUACUACCCAUCCUUUGAACAGAUCUUGGAGCAGGGCAAGAAUGGGCAAAAUCCCCACUGUGUGGUAGAGGACCCAGAGGAGAAGCAACAGCUGAAGGAGAUCCUGGAACGCAGAUCCCACACUGAACUCUACGAGCACGAGAAGGACCUGGUGUGGAAGAUGAGACAUCAGAUCCAGGACCAAUACCCAAGAGCCCUGGCGAAGCUCCUGCUUGUAACCAAGUGGAAUAAACAUGAAGAUGUUGCUCAGAUGAUCCAUUUACUACAGUCCUGGCCAGAGCUGCCAGUUCUCAAUGCCCUGGAGCUGCUAGAUUUCAGCUUCCCUGACCGCUACGUCUGCUCCUUCACGGUCAACUCGUUGAAAAAGCUGACGGAUGACGAAUUGUUCCAGUAUCUUUUGCAGCUGGUUCAAGUGCUCAAGUAUGAAUCGUAUUUAGAUGGCGAAUUGGCCAAGUUCCUGCUGGACAGAGCCUUAUCCAAUCGCAAAAUAGGACACUUCCUGUUCUGGCAUCUCAGAUCAGAAAUGCACGUCCCUUCUGUGACCUUACGGUUUGGCCUAAUUCUGGAGGCCUACUGCCGAGGGAGCACCCACCACAUGAAAGCUCUGAUGAAGCAGGGCGAGGCCCUCAAUAAGAUGAAGGCCUUGAACGACAUCAUCAAAGCGAGCGCGCAGAAAAACACCAAGCCCCAAACCAAGGAGUUCAUGCACACCUGUAUGCGGCAGGAGACGUACCUGGAAGCACUCUCCAACCUCCAGUCCCCUUUGAACCCCGGCAUAAUUCUGGCCAGAGUCAGUGUGGAGCUCUGCACAUUCAUGGAUUCCAAGAUGAAACCACUGUGGAUUGUGUUUAAUAAUGAAGAAAUGGGAGGCAGCACCGUGGGCAUCAUUUUCAAAAACGGAGACGAUCUUCGGCAGGACAUGCUGACCUUGCAGAUGAUUCAGCUGAUGGAUAUUCUGUGGAAGAAAGAGGGUCUGGACCUUAGGAUGACCCCUUACGGCUGCCUUUCCACAGGCGAUAAGACGGGGCUGAUUGAAGUGGUCAUGCACUCGGACACGAUCGCCAACAUCCAACUCAACAAAAGCAAUAUGGCGGCCACGGCUGCCUUCAACAAGGAUGCGCUGCUGAACUGGUUGAAAUCGAAGAAUCCUGGGGAUGCCCUGGACAGAGCAAUUGAGGAAUUCACGCUCUCCUGCGCUGGGUACUGUGUGGCCACGUAUGUCCUAGGAAUCGGAGACCGCCACAGUGACAACAUUAUGAUCCGAGAAAAUGGGCAGCUGUUCCAUAUUGAUUUUGGCCACUUCCUUGGGAACUUCAAGAUGAAAUUUGGGAUCAACCGUGAACGGGUGCCUUUCAUCUUGACCUACGAUUUUGUUCAUGUGAUCCAGCAGGGGAAAACGAACAACAGUGAGAAGUUUGAACGAUUUCGUGGUUACUGCGAAAGAGCCUACAUGAUCCUCCGGUGCCAUGGCCUCCUCUUCCUGCAUCUCUUUGCUCUGAUGAAAGCGGCCGGGUUGCCAGAACUGAGCUGCUCCAAAGACAUCCAGUACCUUAAGGAUUCAUUGGCUUUGGGGAAAACGGACGAGGAGGCCAGGAAACAUUUCCAACUCAAGUUUAACGAAGCCCUGAGGGAGAGCUGGAAGACCAAAGUGAACUGGCUGGCACACAACGUCUCAAAAGACAACCGGCAAUAGCACACCUUCCGUGCUUCUUCCCCAAGUCCACAGUGGCACGGCCAGGAAGAAGUUGAUCUCUGCCUCCGUUGGUGUGAACCAAGUUGGAGCCUUAACUUCCUGGAAAGCUGGUCCUUGUGGGAGCCUACUGCUGCAGCCCGUACAAGGAAACCAUUCCCAGGCGAAUGUCCGUGUUCUUCUCACGUAGACGAGAAGACAUUCAGUGUUUGGGGUCAGGCCCCAGCUGCUGGACGCGAGGCCUACCCCACUGCUGAAGGGCCCAUCCAGUGAAGAAGCACGGGCAACUUUUAAAGCACCGUUCUGCAGCGGCGUAGUUCAAAGAAGGACUUGUAUGUGUCGAAAAGUUUGUAUGUGUGUCUGUGUAAAGUGUUUUAUAAGGACUAGCCGACCUGCACGGAGUAUCUGUGUGCUCUUUGGGGAUGGUGGUUUCCCCCUCCCUCCUGGCCCCCUCUCUCUUGCCCUCCCUCCUCCUCCCGCCCAACUCUCUUCCCCACUUCCCCCCACAACAGCCAAAAAGGGCCCCACCACCGCUGUUCCUCUACCAGGUGGUGAACAGGGAAGUCCCGCUGCCUGUUUCCCUCCCACCCGGCCUCCAAUGACCCAGUGCCGCUGCCUGGCCCCCGCGACCGGGCGCGCCUCCCCUGCCUGGCCCCCACGACCGGGCACACCACCGCCCAAUCCUCCUGGGUGUGCCUCAGCCAAUCAGACUCCUCCGCCGCCCAGCCAAUCAGCUGGGCGCCAGGACGCACAUUCUAAGGCACACCCAGGAUAAUUAUAUAUAUAUAUAGAGAGAGAGAGAGAGAGAGAGAGAGAGAGAGAGAGAGAGAGAGAGAGAGAGAGAGAGAGAGAGAGAGAGAAUCAGGUGUGCUAUACUUUACUUGUUUGCUGGCUGAACAGAAGUUUUGUAAUGUUAAACCUCUUGCAUCAAAACAGAGCUGGGCUCUUUAAGAAGAAAAUAUUUGUUAGGUCGUAGCUCUUUUAAGAGUGUCUGUGUUGUAUCCAUCCCAUCUGUCUGGGGAAGCUUUUCAACCCCUUCAGGACUGUGUGGCAUGGGGGAAAAACGAUAGCUUCCCAUAUCCCCCAUGUAUCCUGGGGUGGACAGAAGAUGGGGUAUGAUCCACCAGUGAAUUGCUGGCCAGUUUCUUGCGGACAAUCUCACAUUGGUUGCCGAGUCCUAUGCAAAAGAUGUUGGACUUAAGUCCUUAGCAGCAAUGAUAACCAAGGGUCAGUCGCUCAGGAUCACUGAAAACAGAGUGAUGUCUUAAGUGAUCUCUUGCUGUGUAAACUUCACACACAUGUUUGUGACAAAGCUGGUUGUUUUUUUAAACUGACUAUAACUUGAAGUUAGCUCACCCCUGCUAUACCUUAUAAUUAUUUCAAGCUACAGGUGCUCUACUAUUCUGGUACAGGUUAAAAACUCAAGUUAAUGGUACCCUUAAUUUAAAAACAAAACAAAAAACUAAACAGCAGGGUUUGCAUCUUCUAGGUCAGGUUGCAAAGUGAUGCGCUUUGCUCAUUCUAGCAGGGAGCUAUUGGUACUGUGAAAACAGACAGGGGUGGCCUCUGAUUUCUGUGUAGCACAGGGACUUCAGCUAGUACAAAGCGGAAACUUCUGGACCAAUGCAAACUUCUCGGUCUCUCUAAAGACGGGAGGAUCCGGAUUCUACAGGCACGAUUACAUUAGCAUUUAUACAAGGUAGGAUAACUUCUACAAGGCAAGAAGACAGUGCAUAAGCCAUGUUUUAAAGGGAUUUCCAUGAGAAGAAGUGGUUCAGCUCUCGUGUCCUGAUAAUGUAGAAUGUCAUGUAGGUCUGCAAGGGUGAUGGAAGCAAAACUGGCAACUUCAGUCCUGAUGCAGCACCUUUUUAAAAAAAGAAAGAGAUUGGCGUUUAGGUGCAAUGGGUGCACAGUCUUUGGGUGCACAGUCUUAAAGGACAGGCAGAUCUGCAGAUCAAAACAAUCACCUCUCUCCUAAGCUGCUGGAAUGUCCUUGCCAAAACGCUUUGUAAUUUUUUUGUUCCAUCAUACUUAAUAACUAUAAAGAACAACUGUUUUGAGGUACUAUCGACAAGCCGAUUCUGCAUUGCUGUUUGGUUUGUAUGUUUGAACCAUUUGAAAGAAAUGGGAAAAUGUUUACAUACAAUUUCAGAUACUUAUUGAGAUUGAAAAUAUAACAAGGUUUUUGUUUUUUUAA